AUGGCCGAGGCCGGAGAAUUCAUUACAGUGGCCACCAGUCCGCCUUCCACUUCAGCCAAGCCUCAACGGAGGUCCCGGGCCGUGUCCAACCUGACGCGACAGCAAGUCCAACACAAACGAGAUCAGGAUCGUAGGGCGCAACGCGCACUCCGGGAAAGAAACAAGACCCGCGUCGAAUCUCUCGAAAGCACAAUCACUUGCCUGAAAUCUACUCAUGCUGAAGAGAUUGCCGCUCAAGAGAGAGCCAUCAAAAAUUUGAACGAUGAGGUUAGACAAUUGAGGCAGCAGAUUCAACAAUUGUCAGCGUCUGGAACUGCGACCAGCACAGGGUUGCACGCUUCUGUAACGCCCUCAGCUUCGUGGACGUCCCCUUCAGAGGACUUACCCGUCGUCGAAGAUGAGGACGGACGAUUGCCGUGGCAGCCCGGCUGGUUCGCCAUGCCAGAUGUCCUCCCCCGGGCACCUCAGGUAGGAAAGAGGAUCGGUGAUCCCGGCAUACAGACUUCUCCCGAUACCUGCCUUUCACGGAACGAAAAUGCGGGUUCUGAAGAUGAGGAAUCAUCUAACGCUGCAUCCACAUCUUGCAGGCAGGAGAGCGUGGCUCUUGCAGUACCCUUUUCAGCGCACACCCUCAAAGGGUUGACGACGAGGCAAUCCGGCCCCUCGGUAUCAGACGCUGCAUGUCAGACGGAGCUGGCUACAACCAUAUGCACAGCCCUUCCACGCCAUUUACCGCCAAGCACGCCCUUAGACCACAUUCUCCUUGGCUUUCUCCGUUUUCAUUCUCACCCGACUUCCACAGAUGCCGCACAACCUCUCAUGGGAGGUUCGGAUGUGUCGCUGAAGGCUUACCUCCACCCUGAGCUCUCUGGCAGCAUCGAUCCAAUCAGCAGGCUUAUGAACGAGGUUCUGUCCACGUUUGCCCACGUCCGAGCACCGGAAAAGAUUUCCUUCAUCCGUGCGCAGUGGCAAGUCUACCCUGCGAAGUCCACUUUCGCCGAUCUACCACGCUGGCUCCGACCUACGGCAACCCAGAUUACGGUACCGCAUGAUGCUUGGAUAGAUAACAUACCAUGUGUCUACUCCCAAUGCGUCACAGUCAACUGGCCAUACGAUGUCGAAGACAUAAUUUCGGAACAAGGCCAUGAUUUGAUACCCAACAAAAUCUUCGAAAAGCACAUUCAGCGCCUCGGCAAUUGGACAGUAUCACGAGAUUUUGAGGAACUUUAUCCCGAGAUGGUCCGUGCAAUAUACUCACGAGACUGA